AUGGGGCUGCAGUCACAGUCUCGUACUGCCACCUACUGUGUGGAGACCCCGCUCCUGGCGCCAUUGGUGGAUCUCAAAGCAGAACUCUUCCGAAAGCAAGAAGAAUUCAAGAAAGAAAAGCUCUUGAAAGAUGCUGGCAUCUUCACAAAACCCAAAACUGCUAACAAGAAACCAAGCAUUUGGAACAAACAAAACACAGGAGUUGCAAAUCGAGCUGAGAAAGAUGUUGAACAGAAGACAGAAGAGGAGCAUAUAUUAGAUAAGUCAAGGAAGAAACUAGAAGAGAAAGCAAAGCUGUAUGAGAAGAUGACAAAAGGCGACUUUCCAGAUGAAGAAACCGAGGAUUUGUACCUAGUGGAUUUCACUCAGAAGAUCAUAGACAAACAGCACGAAGCACAGGAGCUGUAUCAGAGCGAAGCUGCUAGAAAGUCUUUAGAAAAAGAGUCAGAUGAUGAGGAAACUCAACCUGAAACAGAAAUACCACCACCUGAGGACCCAGAUGAAGAAUGGGUCGAUUAUGUUGACUUCUUGGGCCGAUCAAGACGCUGUAUGAAGAAGGAUUUGCCAAGUCUACUCAAAAUGGAUCAGGAACUUCAAGGGAAAAGACAAGGUCUUGAUGGGAAUACUCUGUUAUCUGAAGAUAUGAGAAGAGAACUUCAGAGGCAGCAGUGGGAAAAAGAAGAAGAAGAAGCCCUCAGAAAACCUAUGGGACCAAUACAUUAUGAGGACAUUCGAGAAAAUGAGGCCAGACAGCUUGGUGUUGGUUAUUUUGCCUUUUCUCGUGACAAAGAACUUAGGAAUAAACAACGGGCAACACUGGAUAUGCUAAGAGAGCAGACACUUGAUCAGAGAACUAAACGUGAACAGUUAAAAGAAAAAAGGAAGGCAGCUCUGGAUGCAAGGCUGUCUAAGCUUCGAGCACGGAAGGUUAAGAAGUUAAGGGAAGCUGGAUUAGAUGAAGAGGCCGACAAACUGGAGAAUGGAGAGGUGAAAGGUGUUGCUGAUGAACCAGAGGCUCCAAAAGUUCCUGCAGCAAGUAGAAAGGUAGAGGUUGUCAUCCAGGAGAGAAGAGACACAAAGCCUGGCGUGCCCUAUGUCCGAGAGUGGGAUAAAGGCAAAGAACUGAUGUUUGGGCAAUGGUCAAAGAAACAGGAAGAACUCAGAGAUGAGCGAGAUCCAGAAUUUGCACCACCUUCUGAUUACUUUCUGGGACAAAAGAAAGAUGACAAUUACAGAAGUCAGAAUUUGAACAGUCCUGAAACCUCCUCUGAAAAACUGGAAACAGAGGCAGCAGAAAAGCAACAGGCCAACGGCAGCAGCACUGGAGCUGGGACACCAUCAGCACAGCCUUUCAACAGCAGAGUUCAAGACGAGUCAGUAUCCGCAGCCUCCCGUGGCAAUGACACUCGGAAUGAGCCAUCAUCCUCGGAAGAUGACAGCAGUGAUGAUGAAGAUACACUGCCAUCAGCACAUGCUUAUGGCUAUGGUGCUCAAGGUGUGCCACCAUCCAUGCAGGCUUAUGGCUAUGGACCUCAAGAUGUGCUGUCACCAAUGCAGGCUUACGGCUACGGCGCUCACGAGAUGCCAUUUCCAGUGCAGGCUUAUGGCUACGGCGCCCAAGGGAUGCUGCCACCCAUGCACACCUAUGGCUAUGGUGCUCAUAACGUGCCGUUCCCAAUGCAUGCUUAUGGCUACAGCACCCAAGAUGUGCCACCACCAAUGCAGGUCUACAGCUGCAACGCCCAAGAUGUCCCACCACCAAUGCAGGCUUGUGGUUGCAGUGUCCAAGAUGUCCCAUCAUCAGUGGAGACCUGUGGCUGCAGCACCCAAAAUGUCCCAUCAUCAGUGGAGACAUGUGGCUGCAGUGCCCAAAACGUGCCACCAUCAGUGGAGACCUGUGGCUGCAGCACCCAAGAUGUGCCUCCUUCAGCACAGACCAACAGCAGUGACACUCAAAACCAGGAGCCACUUUACCAAAGCUUAGAUGAUAUGCUGUCUUACUACAGACAAGUGACUUGA